AAUGUAUCUUUUUUGAAGUUAAAGGUCCUGUCGUAAAAUACUUGAGCAGAGAUUACGAAGCGCAUCAGAUACCGACACCCCCGCCACCAAACUCGCCCUGCCUUUCCUUCCCAUCUUCUCCAGAAUCCUCCAUUUUCCAUACCUUCUCUUCCUUUCUCUCUCCAUCGCCUCUAGGAAUACCCACUACGCUCUGCAAUAUUCAGUGGUUAGAAUCACCAAGUCAUGGUUCUUUUGGUGUAUAUUGGGCUUCUCUUGGCUUUCACUGGCCACUCAAGUGCUCUGUACUGUGUGUGUAAGGAUGGUGUGGGCGAUCAAGCUCUCCAGAAAGCUCUGGAUUAUGCUUGUGGAGCUGGAGCUGACUGUACCCCUCUUCUUCAGAACGGUGCUUGUUAUCAACCCAACACUGUGAAGGAUCACUGUAGUUACGCUGUUAAUAGCUACUUUCAGAAGAAAGGUCAAGCACAGGGAAGCUGUGACUUUGCUGGCGCUGCUACUACCACUCAAACUGCUCCUGCUGCAUCAUCUGGAUGUGUCUUCCCUUCAAGUGCUAGCAGUAGCAGCCCAGGAACAGGAACAGGAACAGUAACGUCGACAACUCCAUCGACAUCGCCGACAACAGGGAUAACAGGCACAACACCUUCCACUACAACCUCAAUCACACCCCCAUCCACAACUACAGGGACAACCACAGGGACGGGCACAGGAACAUCAAGUCCCACGUUUGGUAUAAGUCCUACGGCCACCACAACAACUGGCACUGGAACUGGCUUCAACGACUCUAGCAAAGCAGUGGCUCUUAUGCAAUCCACUGUGUUGACACUGCCAUUAUCCCUCCUUAUCUUCUGGUUAAUGUACAUUAUUAGGGUCUAAUCUCAGAGUGGUAUAUAAGUAUGUAUGAGUAUGUAAACUUGGAACAUCUGGUAGAGAGGAUGAGAGAGGGAUGAUAUCUAGCCACGAUAUGAGAGGUAAUAUUGUAAAAUUAUAUAAGGAAUCAUCGAGAAGAAUGCCCCACUUGGUUUGGUUUGUUGUUGGUUCCCUCCGUCCUCAUGCGAGGGAAAGAGGUGAGAGAAUUAGAUUCGUGUUUCAGUGGAGAUAUGAUACUUGGCUUAGAUCAUGAUGUUUAUUACUGCACAAGUCUCUUCUCUUGACGCCAAGAUUUUUAAUUUUUAAUUCUUUAAAAUAGCCUCGACCGUUAUCUAUAAA